AUGGUUCUUUCAGAACGGCGUAUCACUGGUAGUAUAAAUACUACACGAUAUUACAACGCAGCAUCCGUAUUAAUAAAUGGAAAAGUAUUACUUACUGGUGGAAAUACCGGUAGUUCUGUUAUUAAUAGUGCUGAAUUGUAUGAUCCAUCACCAGAAAGUUGGCCAAUGACUCGUAGCAUGAUUAGCGUACAAUAUUGCGAUACAGCAUCUGUAUAA